GAGAGCUGGGAGGCGAAAAAUGGCGCCGACGUGAGCGUGAGCCCGCGGCCACCGAAGGAGUCGCCGCAGCCUUAGCUGGCGCCGCCGGAGUCGCGGGCACAAGAGCCCGAACCAGGCCGAGGAUGGAGGAGGAAACCUCGGGUCCCAGCCCGGACAUGCCGGCCACUGCAGAGCCCAGCUCCAGUGAGACCGACAAGGAGGUGUCCCCAGUUGUUGCUGCUGUAGCCACCUCCUCUUCCAUGGGGGAGGAGCCAGGCUCUGACCAGGCAGCCACACCCCCAGUGUGGGAACGUGGAGGGCUUGGAGGGACCCAGCAGGGUGCCUCCCCAGCCCCAGACAGUGGCCAUGCUGGCCCUGGACCCGGCCUUGGCCUGACCAGCACUGUCUCCGGAACCAGUGAGGACCUGCGGCCUCCCAGACGACGCCCACCACCAGGGAAGCAGAUACCCUGCUCCAGCCCUGGCUGCUGCCUCAGUUUCCCAAGCGUUCGAGACCUGGCACAGCAUCUGCGUACCCACUGCCCACCCACGCAGUCCCUGGAAGGCAAGCUCUUCCGCUGUUCCGCCCUGAGCUGCACCGAGACUUUCCCCAACAUGCAGGAACUGGUGGCACACGGCAAGCUGCACUACAAACCCAAUCGCUACUUCAAGUGUGAGAACUGCCUCCUGCGCUUCCGCACGCACCGCUCCCUCUUCAAGCACCUGCAUGUUUGCGCCGAGCAUGCGCAGAGCCCAGCCCCACCGCCACCCCCCGCCCUCGACAAGGAGCCACCAGCGCCCGAGCGCCUCCCGGAGUCCGACCCUGCGUCGGCGCCUGGGCUACAGUUCCCGCUGCUCGAGCCGUUCACGACCCCUGCCCCUGCCCCCACCGGGCCCUUCCUGCCCUACUUGAACCCCGCGCCUUUUGGCCUAAGCCCCCCACGCCCGCGCCCCUUUCUGGCCGCCGCUCCCGGGCCGCCCGCCUCCAACGCCGCAGUCUGGAAAAAGAGCCAAGGUGCCGGCGGCAGCCCGCGAAGACCCCAGGGCGGCUCCGAUACGCCCUCAGGGCACGCGGCCCCGAGCCGCAUCGUGUGGGAGCACACGCGCGGCCGCUACUCGUGCAUGCAGUGCGCCUUCUCCACGGCCUCGCGGCCCGCCAUGACCCUACACCUGGAGGACCACCGCCCCAUCGCCCCCGCGGCCCCGGCGCCCGGGCAGCCGCGCCCCGACGCGCCGGCGGACCCGGCCCCGCUGGCACCCAAGGUGUCGCCGCUGCUGUCAGAGGGGGAGUGUCCGGUUUUCUCGCCGCUCUGAACCACGCCGCGUUGCGGGUGGGCUGUGGGUAGUUUUGUAAUUUUAGAGGGGCCUGCGAUGGGCGGGGUGGCGGGACAAUAAAGGAGGGAGAUGAGCCAGCCUGUGCUGUGUCUGGGUCCCAUGCCCCUCCAGUGCAGUCCUGGGGGGCUCCCACCUCGGAAGGGGGCAGGCCUCCCCUCACAGCCCACCUGUGUCCCACCUCCCCUGUCAACCUCAACAGUGAGACAGCUGUAGGUGGCCCUCUGUCCUGUCCCACCACUUCCAGAAACCAGAUGAGGUGGAAGUUUCCAGUUUUAUUUUAAAACUUCCAGGAGUCAGGAGUGCCCGCCCAGCUGGAGCCCCCCAGGUCCUGAGGCCAGCACUGACUCUCAGGGAGGUGACAGGGCGGUGGGGCAGUCCCAGCAGUAGAAGGGAGGUGCCAGGGCCCCCAGGGCUGGGCACUCUGGCAAGCCGGGGCUCAGGCCUCAUCGUCCUCCUCCUCCUCACUGUCUUCGGCUGCCCACUUCUCCUUCUCCCCCUGCCACAGCUCUGAGGAGGAGGGUGGGUCAAGGCCAGCCCUGGAGAGCCUGUGCUCCCUCCCUUCUCACCUCUCCCCCAUAUAGGUCCUCUUCUUCCUAUCCUUCCUGGGAAGUCAGGCUGGGGCCAGAGUUCAAAAUCUGGUCCCACACUGCUGUCACCAGAACCCUGAGGUUCAAGCCUCCAGGGUAUGGAAGUCCCACGAGUUGCUGGCAGCCACUCCUCGGGGCCUGGCUUUACUUCCUGCAUCUUGCUCCCUUCCAGCUCAGGCUUCAAUCCCGCCCCCGUUCUGGAGCACCGGAGGCAACCCCCCGCCCCUUCCCCGCAGGCUGAACACCUCUGGAAACAGGGGACUCUUCCGAUCGUGCUCCUCCCCUGCGUAGUACCCCCACCGCUCCCCACAGCUCCCCUCAGCUCUCUGGAUGAAGAUCCUGUUCUCCUAGUAGCCCACAAGGCCCCAUCUUGAACCUCUCCACCUCCUCUUCUCAGGACCACACUCAGCAUCUGUCUCCUCUUCCUCCUGGGGAACAUAGACAUCCUGUGAGCAAGAACCCAAGGACCAGGUCCCCAGCCCCACCCGACCGUUUCACUCCUUAUCUCCUCCAUCUUCCAAGUCAUCAGAGUUGUCCUCUAUCUGCGGCCAGCAAGACACCAGUCAUCCCCUGGGUGGAGUCCCCAGGCCUCACACCCCUCACUCACCAGCCUCCUAUCUUCCCCUUGCCCCCCUUACCAUCCUCCCCCUAGUCCUCCUCGGAAUCUUCGUCCCCCAGCAUGUUGGCCUCAGUCUCAGAGUUGAGCAGGGUCCCCAUCAUCGAAGCCAUCCAGGUAGCCAAGCUCUGGUAACGACUCAAAAUCCUGCUCCCGUUAGCGCAGCUGCUGUGACUCCUCGAAGUUGAACAGCUCCAAGUUCUGAAGGCCCUUCAGCUUCUCCUGGGAAGGGUAACAGGGAGAUCUGGGCACCCUUUGGACGUGUCCCACCUGGCCCCAGGAGCCGGCCUGCCCGCCUGCCUGCCCCAUUGCCCUCAGCCUCAGAGUUGAGCAGGGUCCCCAUCAUCGAAGCCAUCCAGGUAGCCAAGCUCUGGUAACGACUCAAAAUCCUGCUCCCGUUAGCGCAGCUGCUGUGACUCCUCGAAGUUGAACAGCUCCAAGUUCUGAAGGCCCUUCAGCUUCUCCUGGGAAGGGUAACAGGGAGAUCUGGGCACCCUUUGGACGUGUCCCACCUGGCCCCAGGAGCCGGCCUGCCCGCCUGCCUGCCCCACUGCCCUCAGCCUCACAAGGGGCUUCAGGGCUCCAGUGUCCUUGAUGGGGUUGCAGCUGAGUCCCAGGUGGCUCAGGCCAGGCGUCCACUCCGCCAGCACCUCCAGGCCCCCACUGAAGCGGCUGUCACUCAGCACCCGCUGUAGGGCCAGAUGGGCUGUCAGGGAACCCUGGGGCUCAGGCCCCCUGUGAGCUCCCCUCCCCCUUCUCAGCCAGAAGCCUUGGAACCACAGCUGGGUGAUCCUGGGGAAGACUCAACCUCUCUGCAUCUCACUUUCUUACUCCUUAAAAUGAGUGUCAUGAAUGCUCA